AUGGACCUGAUCAUAAUUACAAAAAUUCUGGCCCAAAAGGCAGUGGUUUGCAAGUUUGAAGAGGCUGGCCAUCUGUCCGCCCUGGAUACUUCCAGUCAGGGAAGAUUUAAUCUCCUUAGGUCCGAUAUUCCACCCACAGGUAGAAAGCCUGAAGUUGACGGCAUGGUAUCUGAGGAACAAUUGUUGAAAGCUCACUGGUCCUCAGAUAAAGUUAUCAGAACUCUUCUAGAAUGGCGAAAGCCCGUAACUAGGGCGAUCUAUACUAAAGUCUGGAAAAGGUUCACUUCCUGGCUAGCAGAACAAGGGGUGGAUGGUCGGGGCAUUCCAGUCGUGCUGGAAUUUCUACAGGCAGGGGUUGACUUGGGAUUGUCUAUCAGUACCCUUAAGGUGCAAACAGCAGCCCUAAGCAUUUUUCUUGAAACCUCACUCCAGCAGAACCGAGCCCUUACCAAAAGUCCUUUUGAACCCCUGGAGAAAUCUUCUCUGAGACACAUAGUCCUAAAAAACGCUUUCCUAGUAGCAAUCACUUCAGCCAGAAGGGUCAGCGAUCUACAGGCACUAUCGGUUCGAGAGCCUUUUUUAGUGAUCCUGGAAGACAGAAUCAUCCUUAAAACGGAUCCAAGUUUCCUGCCCAAGGUGGCCUCUGUGUUCCACAGGACUCAGGACAUUGUCCUGCCAACUUUUCGUUCCUCCUCAGAAGUUGAUGAAGAGGAAUCAUUUGCUUUAUUAGAUGUCAAAAGAAAUCUUUUGUUCUAUUUAGAAAUUACUAAAGAGUUUAGGCGUUCAGACGCUCUUUUUGUUAAUUUUUCGGUUGCCCGUAAGGGCCAAGCAGCAUCCAAGUCAUCCAUCGCUAGGUGGCUUAAAAUGGCAAUAGUUAAAGCUCAUCAGUCAGGGGGUAAGGAUCCACCUUUGGUCAAAGCACACUCAACCCGGGCAGUCUCGGUAUGCUGGGCGGAAAGAGCCGGAGCCUCCCCGGAGGAAAGCAGCACCAUGGUCUUCCUUUUCUACGUUUGCAAGACACUACCGUUUAGAUCUACUGUCGGACAAAGAACAGGCCUUUGGGCGGAGGGUCCUCCAGACAGUAGUCCCACCCUAAGCAAGACUGUGAGGGAUGGUGCCGUCCUUCCAACAGAUAAGAGCUUUUCCUGUACGGAGUGCGGGAAGUGUUUCCAUUAUAAAUCCCAUCUUAAUGUUCAUAAAAGAUUUCACACGGGAGAGGAGCUGUAUUCCUGUCCUGAGUGUGGGAAAUGUUUUUUGAAGAAGUCCUAUCUUUUAAUACAUUUGAGAACUCACACAGGAGAAAAGCCACAUUCCUGUCCUGAGUGUGGGAAAUGCUUUUCAGUAAAGUCCAAUCUUCAUGCACAUGAGAGAUGUCACACAGGGGAGAAGCCGUAUUCCUGUUCUGAGUGCGUAAAGUGUUUCCCUUCUAAAUUUAAACUUAAUGUGCAUAAAAGAUCUCACACGGGGGAGAAACCAUAUUCCUGUCCUGAGUGCGGAAAGUGUUUCCCUUCUAAAUACAAAGUUAAUGUGCAUAAAAGAUCUCACACGGGGGAGAAGCCGUAUUCCUGUUCUGAGUGCGGGAAAUGUUUUUCAGUGAAGUUCAAUCUUUACACACAUCAGAGAUCUCACACGGGGGAGAAGCCGUAUUCCUGUCCUGAGUGUGGGAAAUGUUUUUCAGAUAAGUCCAGUCUUUCCAUACAUCAGAGAUCCCACACGGGGGAGAAGCCGUAUUCCUGUCCUGAGUGUGGGAAAUGUUUUUCACAGAAGUCCGAUCUUAACGCACAUCAGAGAUCUCACACGGGGGAGAAGCCGUAUUCCUGUCCUGAGUGCGGGAAAUGUUUUAUACACAAAUCAGUCUUGGUCAAACAUCAGAGAUCUCACACGGGGGAGAAGCCAUAUUCCUGUCCUGAGUGCGGGAAAUGUUUUAUACACAAAUCAGUCUUGGUCAAACAUCAGAAAUCUCACACGGGGGAAAAGUCGUAUUCCUGUUCUGAGUGCGGGAAAUGUUUUUCAACAAAGUACAAUCUUUCCACACAUCAGAAAUUUCACACGGGGGAGAAGCUGUAUUCCUGUCCUGAGUGCGAGAAAUGUUUUUCAGUGAAGUCCCAUCUUUACAGACAUCAGAGAUCUCACACGGGGGAAAAGCCACAUUCCUGUCCUGAGUGCGGGAAAUGUUUUUCACAGAAGUCCCAUCUUUACAGCCAUCAGAGAUCUCACACGGGGGAGAAGCCAUAUUCCUGUCCUGAGUGCGGGAAAUGUUUUUCACAGAAGUUCGAUCUUUCCACACAUCAGAGAACUCACACAGGGGAGAAGCCGUAUUCCUGUCCUGAGUGCCCGAAAUGUUUUUCACGGAAGUCCCAUCUUGACACACAUAAGAGAUCUCACACGUGGGAGAAGCCGUAUUCCUGUCCUGAGUGUGGUAAAUGUUUUUCAGACAAGUCCAGGCUUUAUACACAUCAGAGGUCUCACACGGGGGAGAAGCCGUAUUCCUGUCCUGAGUGCGGGAAUCGUUUUUCAGUGAAGUCCCAUCUUAAAACACAUCAGAGAUCUCACACAGGAAAGAAGCUGUUUUCCUGCCCUGAGUGCGGUAAAUGUUUUUUAGACAAGUCCAGUCUUUAUAUACAUCAGAGGUCUCACACAGGGGAGAAGCCGUAUUCCUGUCCUGAGUGCGGGAAAUGUUUUUCAGUGAAGUUCAAUCUUUACACACAUCAGAGAUCUCACACGGGGGAAAAGCCGUAUUCCUGUCCUGAGUGCGGAAAAUGUUUUUCGCAGAAGUCCAAUCUUUCCAAACAUCAGAGAUCUCACACGGGGGAGAAGCCACUUUCCUGUCUUGAACGGGGGAGAAGCGCUGUGGUGCCGUAUAUGUAUACGCCCACACAUUUGUAUACCACACUCUACACCGCCGGACAGCGGGACAUUACACAGUGCGGGAGAGGUGGCUCCGGCAGUAGUUGCAGCAACAGCUCAAUACGGGAGUCCCUACCUGAAGUCUGCAUAGAAGCACCAGCUAUUUCCACGCCACAGCGGGUGCUGCGGACAGAAGUUAUGGAAGCAGAGGUGAGUGCCUCUCUAGUAGCAGCUGCCGGUGGUGGAGUACGGAGCCUGGCCGCAGAGAUCAAUUGUAAGGAGAUACAGGUAUGCCUGCCUAAUCAGUAUCCUAAAGAAACCCAGGAGAAGGAGGGAGAACCAAAUAUUAGACAGCUGCUACUGGUGGUCCAGGCUUUGCCUACUAGAGCGGACAUCCAAGAGUUAAUGGUUAAUUAUGCUGGCCUCAUUAGAGAGGAGAUUGAGGGGGUAAACACCAAAGUAGUGGCGAUGGAUAACAGAUUACAGAAUGUGGAGAUAGCGCAAGGUGUAGUUGAUCCACGCCUGAAAACUUUGGAAGAAAAGACUGUGAGGGACGGUGCCGCACUACCAACGGAAAAGAAGAGGUUUUCCUGUACUGAGUGCGGGAAAUGUUUCCAUUCCAAAUUCAAUCUUAAUAAGCAUAAAAGAUCUCACACGGGGGAGAAGCCGUAUUCCUGUGCUGAGUGCGGGAAAUGUUUUUCAGUGACGUCCAAUCUUUAUACACAUCAGAGAUCUCACACAGGGGAGAAGCCGUAUUCCUGUCCUGACUGCGGGAAAUGUUUUUCAGUGAAGUACAGUCUUUCCACACAUCAGAGAUCUCACACGGGAAAGAAGCCAUAUUCCUGUACUGAGUGCGGGAAAUGUUUUUCAGUGAAGUCCAAUCUUUACACACAUCAGAGAUCUCACACGGGGAAGAAGUCACUUUCCUGUCCUGAGUGCGGGAAAUGUUUUUUACGGAAGUCCAAUCUAUACACACAUCAGAGAUCUCACACGGGGGAGAAGCCGUAUUCUUGUCCUGAGUGCGGGAAAUGUUUUUCACAGAUAUCAAGUCUUUACACACAUCAGAGAUCUCACACGGGGGAGAAGCCUUAUUCCUGUCCUGAGUGCGGGAAAUGUUUUUCACAGAAGUCCAAUCUUUCCAAACAUCAGAGAUCUCACACAGGGGAGAAGCCUUAUUUCUGUCCUGAGUGUGGGAAAUGUUUUUCACAGAAGUCCAAUCUUUACACACAUCAGAGAUCUCACACGGGGGAGAAG